AUGCCUCGGUCUUUCUUGGUGAAGAAAGUCAAAUUGGACGAUUUUUCGGCUGCAGAGCUGGAGAGCUCAUAUGGUCACAGCAGAAGAGAAGCACUAAGGCUGCAAUUCCAUCAUCGUGACAAAGGCUAUGUCAGUGAUUAUCUGAGUUCAUCUCCUUAUGAUGAUGUGGUGGGAAGUGACUCAUCUGUCAUCUCUAAAGUACCAUCCCCUGAUCAUCCGUCAAUCAUCUAUAGCCGCAUCGACGACACCUAUUCUGGCAUCCAUGGUGAUAUCCACGGCGAUUCGGACCAGCCGGACAGCCCGCGGUCUGAAGUUUCGUCAUCAGCUGGUGGAUACAUCAACGGGGAUGCAGCCGUGAGUGAGGGAUACACAGUGGAUGCAUUUUUCAUCAUGGAUGGACGAUCACGGAGGAAAUCCACAGAUAACCCCAAAGGAACCAUUCAGAGGCACACCUGCAGCGAGUGCGGCAAAACCUACGCCACAUCCUCCAACCUGAGCCGGCACAAGCAGACGCACAGGAGUAUAGACAGCAAGAUGGCCAAGAAGUGCCCCACAUGUGGAAAAGUCUACGUUUCCAUGCCUGCGAUGGCUAUGCACCUGCUGACCCACGACCUCAAGCAUAAGUGCGACGUGUGUGGCAAAGCAUUCAGCCGGCCGUGGCUACUGCAGGGCCACAUGCGGUCGCACACGGGGGAGAAGCCAUUUGGGUGUGCGCACUGUGGCAAAGCGUUUGCUGACCGGUCAAACCUGCGUGCUCACAUGCAGACGCACUCAGCUUUCAAGCACUACAAGUGUAAACGAUGUGACAAGACGUUUGCACUCAAGAGUUACCUGAACAAGCACUACGAGUCGGCGUGCUUCAAGGGGGCCUUCUCCCCUCUAAGCUCACUGGGGGAAUGAUGGAUUUAGAAAGGUUGACUUUUUUGUUUAUUUAAAUCAGAUUUGAUUUGCCUCACCCGCUACUUUUCAUGCUUUCCCCAAUAAGAAGACCAGUACGCCCGAGCACUGUAAGGGAGGAGUGUUUUCUCUGCAAGGAUCAUGAGGCAAAUUACAAAAAUAG